AUGGCCGCUCGCCGCUAUUCUGGACCACCCGCCGUCACUGUGGUUGUCAAGACAAAUGGAGCACGCCCACGCGCCAACUCAGAGCCCAUGACCAGCUAUGGCUCAAUCGACUCCCCCCCUGAGGAGACACGCCUUGCUCGCGCCCUUCGUCUCCAGGCCGAGCCCUUCUCCAACUUCGGCCUGGGCGAGAAGCACUGGCUGCUUCCUCUGAUGAAGUCUUCCUUUGCCUCCUCUCCUAUCUCUGAGGAUGAAGAGCAGCUCUGCGAGAAGGCCCAUCACCCUGUCAUCACCGACAAGGGUCAGCUGGAGUGGCUUGCUUCCUCGCAAGAGCUUCCCGCUCUGCUGGGUACCGAGACUACCAGACGGUUUUGGGACUUCUUCUCCCUAUACAGACUCAUCUUUGCCUUCAUCAUGUUUGCCAACUUCUUUAUUACUGUCUUGAUUGUUCCCUUCACCAGCACUACCAGCUCAGAUGCCGCCACGGCUGCUACUGUCAACCUCUGCGUUGCCAUUCUUGUCCGCAACGAGCAUGUUGUCAACACCAUGUUCCGCAUCGCAUGCGCCCUCAAGCCCUCGGCGCCUCUCUCGAUUCGCAGGAUCGGGGGCAAGGUCUACUCGUAUGGCGGCUUCCAUUCUGGCUGCGCUAUGGCUGGCAUGCUCUGGUAUCUCGCCUUCACCAUCCUUCUCGGUACAGACCUCCAGGACCCUUACAAGAGACCUGCUUUCGGCUUCGCAGUCUUCACUAGCACUCUUCUCUUGAUCAUCAGCUGGACUGCCUUUCCUACCUUCAGAGUCUCCUAUCACAACACAUUCGAAGCCGUUCAUCGCUUUGCCGGCUGGUUCUCGGUUACUCUUCUCUGGGCACAGCUUGGUGCCUCUGUCGCCACCUCCAACUAUUUCUCUGGUGAGCCUGUCGGCCUCCUUCUAGCCCAGAGCCCUCUCUUCUGGUGCCUGUGUAUCAUCACAUUGGCCAUCAUCUACCCCUGGAGUCGUCUCAGAUUGCGCGACGUCCAUGUACAGGUCCUCUCCCCUAGAGCCGCUCUUUUACACUUUGACUACAGACGCAUGGAUACCUGCCAGGGCAUCCGCAUUACCAACUCCCCACUUAAGGAGACUCAUUCUUUCGCCACCAUCUCUAGAGUGGGUGAAGAGCAGGGAUUCAGGGUCCUUAUGUCAAGAGCUGGAGACUGGACAUCGGAGUUCAUCGACAACCCUCCUACCAGUAUUUGGGUAAAAGGCGCCCCUAUCUAUGGUGUAAUGCGCGUCGCUCUCAUAUUCAAGAAAGUCCUUGUUGUCGCAACCGGCACUGGUAUCGGACCAUGUCUUUCGCUGCUAGAGAGCUGCCCCGAGUUCGACAUGCAUGUUCUGUGGAUGGGCUCUAAGCCUAGAGAGUCUUACGGCGACGGUAUCAUCAACUCGGUCUUCACAGCCGACUCUGGCGCAUGCAUCGUCGAUACCUCCAAGGCAGGCAGAGGAGACAUUCUGAGAUUGGUUCACGCCAGAUAUGUUGAGUCCGAAUCGGAAGCUAUUGUCAUCAUCUCCAACGCUUCCGUCACCAGACAAGUCGUUGGUGGUCUUGAAUCCCGUGGCAUUCCGGCCUUUGGCGCCAUCUUCGACUCCUGA